GCAGUAAUAAAUUCAAAGGACUUGUGGUUACCUUCAACUGCGAACAAAACGGCCAUGGAGAAGAGCGGGUACCAAAUGGCCACGUAUGCUACGGACUCAGCCAUGCAUUGUCUUGGAAUUUCACAGUCGCUGAGCUGGUCUGUCGUGUCGUGCUACACAAAAACGGACGUCGGGGCGCAAUGUCAGGUGAUGGGAGCUGAUGCUGUCAUGAGCGCACCGGGCGGUGUGGGCAUCGCUGUCGGUGCUACGGAAUGCAAAAUCAAGAAGUCCUUCGUGGAUUCGAUGAACGCCGCUACUGACCGAUGCACAAAAGAGGACGGAACCGAGGCGCAGCUGAGCGAAGCUUACCCGCAAAACUCGACCUGCUUGACGCUAUUCAACUGCACUGAAAAUGGUCCGCAGCCGAUCACAGCAAAGAAUGCAAAGUUUGGUCUAGAGGCUGAGCUUGGUCUAGAGGCUGAGUUUGGUCUAGAGGCUGAGUUUGGUCUAGAGGCUGAGUUUGGUCUAGAGGCUGAGCUUAGUCUAGAGGCUGAGCUUGCUGAAGAGGCUGACCUUGCUGAAGAGGCUGAGAUGCAUGACGCGGUUCACUCAGUGAUGAAUGCUGAACUGAACUGA